CUUGCUGCAGUCACGCCCGGUGCUUCCGCCUGUUCCCCCGCUGCUCCGGCCGGUCACGCUGCUGCAGGUCGGCGCUGAUACUCUCGGUCCGGGCGCUUCCCCGCCGGGCCGGGGGAUUGGCUGUGCCACCGCUUCGUCCCACAAUGCAGCGCAUGGCGCGUCAUUGAAGAGAGACCAUGAUGGCGGCGGCCGUGGCUGCGGGGGGGGCUCCUGAGGUGAUCGCCCAACUGGAGAACGCGGCCAAAGUGCUCAUGGCACCACCUUCCAUGGUCAAUAAUGAACAACGCCAGCAUGCCGAGCACAUAUUCUUAUCAUUUAGAAAAUCAAAAUCUCCAUUUGCUGUUUGCAAGCAUAUUUUGGAAACUAGUAAAGUGGACUAUGUCCUUUUUCAAGCUGCCACAGCAAUAAUGGAAGCAGUUGUGCGAGAGUGGAUUCUUUUGGAGAAAAGUAGCAUCGAGUCACUGCGAACAUUCCUUUUAACUUAUGUCUUACAAAGGCCUAACCUUCAAAAGUAUGUUCGGGAGCAGAUUCUAUUAGCAGUAGCAGUAAUAGUGAAACGAGGAUCAUUAGACAAAUCGAUUGACUGCAAGAGCAUUUUCCAUGAAGUCAGCCAGUUGAUAAGCAGUGGUAACCCCACUGUGCAAACUUUGGCCUGUUCCAUUUUAACGGCUUUGUUGAGCGAGUUCUCAAGUUCAAGUAAAACCAGCAACAUUGGACUAAGCAUGGAGUUCCAUGGUAACUGCAAACGAAUAUUUCAGGAGGAUGACCUUCGGCAGAUCUUCAUGCUAACUGUAGAAGUACUACAGGAAUUCAGCAGACGUGAAAACCUCAAUGCUCAGAUGUCUUCAGUGUUUCAGCGUUAUCUUGCACUAGCCAAUCAGGUCUUAAGCUGGAACUUUCUUCCUCCAAAUUUGGGCAGACAUUAUAUAGCUAUGUUUGAAUCCUCACAAAAUGUGAUGCUAAAGCCAACAGAGUUGUGGCGUGAAACCCUCCUGGACAUCAGAGUUAUGGAGCUUUUCUUUACAGUACAUCGAAAAAUCAGAGAGGAUACAGAUAUGGCACAAGACUCUCUACAGUGCCUAGCACAGCUAGCUUCUCUGCAUGGACCAGUCUUUCCUGAUGAAGGUUCACAAGUUGAUUAUCUGGCACAUUUCAUUGAAGGAUUACUGAAUACUAUCAAUGGAAUUGAAAUAGAGGACUCUGAAGCAAUGGGAAUCUCCAGUGUUUUCAGCAACCUGAUAACUGUGUUUCCUCGCAAUGUUUUAACUGCCAUUCCAAAUGAACUUUUCUCUUCAUUUGUUAACUGCCUCACGCACCUCACCUGUUCUUUUGGGAGAAGUGCUGCAUUGGAAGAAGUGCUUGACAAAGAUGACAUGGUAUACAUGGAGGCAUAUGAUAAAUUGCUGGAAUCCUGGCUUACCUUGGUACAAGAUGACAAACAUUUCCACAAAGGCUUCUUUACCCCACAUGCUGUUCAGGUUUUUAAUUCUUAUAUUCAGUGCCACCUAGCUGCUCCUGAUGGUACAAGGAAUUUGACUGCCAAUGGUGUAGCCUCUCGGGAGGAAGAAGAAAUAAGCGAACUGCAGGAAGAUGACAGAGACCAGUUCUCUGACCAGCUGGCCAGUGUAGGCAUGCUUGGAAGAAUUGCUGCAGAACACUGUAUACCUCUUCUUACAAGUUUAUUAGAAGACAGAGUGACAAGGCUCCAUGGUCAGUUACAAAGACAUCAGCAGCAGUUACUUGCCUCACCAGGAUCAGGGUCAAUUGACAAUAAAGUGCUUGAUGACCUGUAUGAGGAUAUUCAUUGGCUUAUUUUAGUCACAGGCUACCUCUUAGCUAAUGAUACUCAGGGAGAGACUCCAUUAAUACCUCCAGAAGUAAUGGAAUAUUCCAUUAAGCAUUCAACUGAGGUUGACAUCAAUACAACACUUCAGAUCCUAGGAUCUCCAGGAGAAAAGGCCUCUUCCAUCCCAGGAUACAAUAGAACUGAUUCUGUAAUUAGGUUAUUAUCUGCUAUUCUAAGAGUUUCAGAAGUAGAAUCUCGAGCAAUAAGGGCGGAUCUAACACACCUUCUGAGUCCACAAAUGGGAAAAGAUAUUGUAUGGUUUCUUAAGCGUUGGGCAAAGACCUAUCUCCUAGUGGAUGAAAAACUGUAUGACCAGAUAAGUCUACCAUUUAAUACAGCAUUUGGUGCAGACACAGAGGGUUCCCAGUGGAUUGUGGGUUACCUCUUAGAAAAAGUAAUCAGUAACCUGGCAGUAUGGAGUUCUGAGCAGGACCUUGCAAAUGACACUGUACAGUUGCUAGUAACAUUAGUGGAAAGGAGAGAGAGGGCAAAUUUAGUAAUUCAGUGUGAGAAUUGGUGGAAUUUAGCUAAGCAGUUUGCGAGGCGAAGCCCACCUCUUCACUUUUUGUCCAGUUCUGUUCAGAGAACACUAAUGAAAGCUCUAGUUUUAGGAGGUUUUGCCCAUAUGGACACAGAUACAAAACAGCAAUACUGGACAGAGGUUCUUCAGCCACUUCAGCAGCGAUUCUUGAAUGUGAUAAACCAAGAAAACUUUCAACAGAUCUGUCAAGAGGAGGAGGUGAAACAGGAAAUCACUGCCACACUAGAAGCGCUUUGUGGCAUUGCUGAGGCUACCCAGAUAGAUAAUGUAGCAAUACUCUUUAACUUUCUGAUGGACUUUCUUACCAAUUGCAUUGGAUUAAUGGAGGUGUACAAAAACACACCAGAGACUGUUAACCUCAUAAUAGAAGUUUUUGUUGAAGUUGCACAUAAACAAAUAUGCUAUCUCGGAGAGUCCAAAGCCAUGAAUUUGUAUGAGGCCUGCCUGACUCUACUUCAAGUAUAUUCCAAGAAUAAUUUAGGUCGGCAGCGAAUAGAUGUUACAGCAGAAGAGGACCAAUACCAGGAUCUUCUUCUUAUUAUGGAGCUUCUUACUAACCUUCUGUCAAAAGAAUUUAUAGAUUUCAGUGAUACAGAUGAAGUAUUUAGAGGACAGGAGCCAGGACAAGCUGCAAAUAGAUCUGUGUCAGCAGCAGAUGUAGUCUUAUAUGGAGUUAAUCUAGUUCUGCCAUUAAUGUCACAGGAUCUGCUGAAAUUUCCAUCUCUGUGUAAUCAGUACUACAAAUUAAUCACCUUCAUCUGUGAGAUAUUUCCUGAGAAAAUUCCUCAGCUUCCAGAAGACCUUUUUAAGAGCCUAAUGUACUCAUUGGAGUUAGGGAUGUCAUCGAUGAGUUCUGAGGUUUGCCAACUCUGUCUGGAAGCUUUAACACCAUUAGCAGAACAAUGUGCUAAAGCACAAGAAACAGAUUCAUCACUAUUUCUAGCAACAAGGCACUUUCUUAAGAUGGUUUUUGAUAUGCUGGUACUACAAAAGCACAAUACAGAGAUGACAACUGCAGCAGGUGAAGCAUUCUACACAUUAGUGUGUUUGCAUCAGGCUGAAUAUUCAGAACUAGUUGAAACAUUACUAUCAAGUCAACAAGAUCCAGUCAUUUACCAGCGGUUGGCAGAUGCAUUCAACAAGCUUACUGCAAGCAGCACUCCUCCUUCACUGGACCGUAAGCAGAAGAUGGCCUUCCUAAAGAGUUUAGAAGAAUUUAUGGCAAAUGUUGGUGGACUCCUCUGUGUAAAAUAAACAACAAAAAAACUCUAUGCCUAAUUUAGACCCUUUCUGCAAAAUGCACUGAGAAAUGCUGAAAGCUGACUAAACCUUGUACCUGUUUCUGGGUUCUUUGCAGCCAUCUCAGAUUUUAGAGAGCCUGGAAGUUUGAUAUAACACAGUUGAAUAGGAGAGGUCAACUUUUGAAUCAGCUUCUGCUAUUGUGUUAGUCACAAUCUGUCAUUACUUGUAUGUUGUAGAGAAUCAACAACAAAUUGAAAUUUUAAAAGAAAAUUCCAUAUAUGUGCAAACAGAUAUGGGCACAUGAAAAAUAGUGCCUUUUCCCCAUUAGCUUAAAACAUAAGUGGCUGGACAAACUUUUAAAGAUUUUUUUUUUCUGAAAACCAUAUUAGAGUAUGAUGUAGACACAUACAAAACUGUAAACAGUGUAGCUGAUUGAAGCUUUAUUUUUUCUCUCUGAAGAUGGAGUUUAUGAUCCAAGGGAAAAACACCAAAUGGUAUUUUUUAACUUGUUUAGUUUUGUUUUUCUACAUCACCUGAUGUUGCAUGUUUUAUGUAAUACAGGUUUCUACAUUAUAUUCUGCUGCCUAAAGUUCAGAAGGAAAAAGGUGUAUAUUUUUGUUCCCCUAAAAUGAACUUUAGGAACUGUAGCCAUUUCAUUGCCUUAAUUUAAAACAAAACAAAA